AUGCCCCGGUGGACGCCGCUCGCCCUCGUCCUGCUCGGGCUCGCCGCCUGCCUGCUGGCCGCGCCGGUGCUGGGCUGCGGCCCGGGUCGGGGCCCGGUGGGGCGGCGGCGGCUGGGGCGGCGGCAGCUUUCGCCUCUGCUCUACAAGCAGUUCGUGCCCAACGUGCCCGAGCAGACGCUGGGGGCGAGCGGGAAGGCGGAGGGCAAAGUGCUGCGGGGCUCGGAGCGCUUCAGGGACCUGGUGCCCAACUACAACCCCGACAUCAUCUUCAAGGACGAGGAGAACACGGGGGCGGACCGGCUCAUGACCGAGCGCUGCAAGGAGCGUGUGAACUCGCUGGCCAUCGCCGUGAUGAACAUGUGGCCGGGGGUGAAGCUGAGGGUGACGGAGGGCUGGGAUGAAGAUGGGCACCACCUCCCCGACUCUCUGCACUACGAGGGCCGGGCGCUGGACAUCACCACGUCUGACCGUGACCGCCACAAGUACGGCAUGCUGGCACGCCUGGCCGUGGAGGCUGGCUUCGACUGGGUCUACUACGAGUCCAAGGCGCACAUCCAUGUCUCUGUCAGAGCAGAUAACUCGCUGGCCGUCCGCACUGGUGGCUGCUUUCCCGGCCACGCCACCGUGAUGCUGCAGAGUGGUGAGCACCGGGGCCUGGCUGAGCUGCGCCAGGGCGACUGGGUGCUGGGCGCCGAGCCAGGCGGGCGCCUGGUGCCCACCGAGGUGCUGCUCUUCCUCCACCGGGACCUGGGCCAGCGUGCCUCCUUCGUGGCCAUCGAGACAGCCAGCCCAGCUCGCCGGCUGCUCCUCACUCCAUCCCACCUGGUGUUCACAGCUCGUGGGGAGGGCAACGGCUCCGCCACCUUCCUGCCCAUCUUCGCCCGCCGCGUGCGCCCGGGUGACGCCGUGCUGGCCCACGGGGCCGGCGGGCAGGGGCUGCGGCCCACGCGGGUGCUGAGGGUCUCUCGGGAGGACGGCGUGGGGGUCUUUGCCCCGCUCACCUCCCACGGCACUUUGCUGGUUAACGGGGUGCUGGCAUCCUGCUACGCGGUCCUGGAGAGUCACCGCUGGGCCCACCGGGCUUUCGCACCCCUCCGCCUCUUCCACGGGCUCCUCUCGCUGCUGCCAGCCCACCCCGAGGUGGGCAACGGGACCGUGCCGGAGGUGGGCAUGCACUGGUACUCCCGCCUGCUCUACCGGCUGGCCGGGGGUGUGCUGGGCCACGAGGCCCUGCAGGUGUAGGGGUGCCUGCCCCCCAUUUCUGGCAGGUGAUGCCACACACCCGAUGCCAAACACGGGGCUCCAGCCCUGGGCACCCCUCGGACCCGGGGAGGAGGGACAGGGGUGCCCUCGGUGUUGUGGGGACCUUGGGGCUCGGCACUGCCCUGGGGCACAGGGUGGCCCCGGGGUCUGGCUCAGCCGUGUCCUCUGUCCUAGAGCCCCCCAUGGCUGGCCCCUAUGCCCAGACCCCCUGGUAUUUAUUGCUUCAUUAACCACUGCACUGGGGCUGGGGUUGGUGCCCAUCAAACCACAGCCAGGCAGCACCAGACCCUGCCCUGGGGCCAAAUCCAGCUGGGGGGAUGCCAAAAACACCCCAAAACUGAGCACUGGGCAGCAGUUCCUGCCUGUUCCCCCUGCUCUGGGUCUGUCCCUGUCACCCACAGGGUGGCUGGAUGGGUGUCUGCAGUGGGCACCGGGUGUCUGCCACGGGCACGGGCACCCCGUGCCAGGUCCAACUCUAACCAUGCUAACUGCUAACCCAUCCUGCUUGAGAGUUUUAUUUUUCUAUUUAUAAAAGGUAAUAUAAAUGUCCCCCAUGCCUGCCUGCCCUGGCAAAGGGGCUCACCCCAUGGGGCAGGGGGCAGCCUGCUUUUAACCACUUCAGUUUUAAAAAAACCCAAAAGAAAUACUACUAUUUAAUUGUUUGGGAAAAUAAAGAAAGUCUAUGG